AUGGCCGCGGUGCUGGCCAAGCGCGAGGGGCCGCAGUUCAUCAGCGAGGCCGCCGUGCGGGGAAACGCCGCCAUCCUGGACUAUUGCCGGACCUCGGUGUCGGCGCUGUCGGGCGCCACGGCGGGGAUCCUGGGCCUGACCGGCCUGCACGGCUUCGUCUUCUACUUCUUGGCCUCCGUGCUGCUCUCCGUGCUGCUGGUGCUGAAGGCCGGGCGGCGGUGGAACAAGUACUUUAAAUCCCGGCGGCCGCUGUUCACGGGGGGGCUGGUGGGAGGGCUCUUCACGUACGUGCUGUUCUGGACGUUCCUGUACGGGAUGGUCCACGUGUACUGA